AUGACGACCAAAAUAGAUCAAAAAGCGUACCUUCAGAGAUAUUUGAAUGGUCCUUCGGAUAAGAAAAAGAAGAAGAAGAAAGUUGUUAAAGGAAAAGGAUUUAAAAUCAUAGAUGAUGACAUUGAUCUGUCAAAAUUACAGGAGCUACAGGGUGAUGAAUUAGAUAUUUUAGAUCAAGGUGAAGACGCUCCACAAAUAGCUGGUAUAAUUGAUGAACGACCCGAGGAAGUAAAGAAAGCUGAACUGUUUCAAAGUAGUUCUAAGUGGAGGGUUGUAACUCAGGACGAUGGCUUCAACACAAAAUUGCAAGUUGAAGAAAUUAAAAAAGAUAUUAAAGAGGUUGAAAAAGAAAAUGAAAUAAUUUUUGGGAAAAUGUACAGUGACUCUGAAGAGGAAAAAAAAAGUGACUCUGAUGUAUCCCCUCCUAGAAAAAAUAACAAAAGAGGUAUAACAACCAAAAAACAGAGUGCCAGUGAUAGUGAUUUUAGUCCACCCAGAAGAAAAGAAACUAGUGGAAAUACACAAUUAAAAAAUAAUGAUUAUACUUCUAUGAAGGACAGUAAUAGUAAUAAGACAAAAAACAAAAGAAAUGAUUAUGGUACAGUUUUGUCACCACCAAGGAAACAAUCAAAGAAAUAUCAAAAUAGUGAUAGUGAUGUGAGUCCUCCACGUAAACAUAACUUAGAGGCACAAAAUGUUUCAAGAAAAAGACACAAAGAGAGGAAAAGUAGGUGGGACAGUCCCGAUGAACUAGAUAGAAUUCAAUCUAAACCACAUUAUUCCAAAACCCGCCAGAAUUGUUCCGACUCUGACAUUUCACCUCCUAGACAAUCACAAAAACCCAACCCAAGAAAAAAAUCAAACUCUAGCUCAGAUUCAUCCCCUCCAAGGCAGCGUAAGAAAGAUAAUAUGAGUAAAGAAAGAGGACUGAGCACUAAAGAUUCCAAUUUAAAAAACCGGUCUGAUUGUUCAGAUUCAGAUAGACAAAACCGUAAUAGCAAUAGCAGUAAAAGAAAACCAGAAAGGAAUCAUAGAACUAACAAGCAUAGUGCUUCUGAUUCAGACUUAUCUCCACCACGCCAAAGAGAUGUUAAAAGACGAAAAGAUCUAAAUGUUGAUUCAGAUCAGUCACCACCAAGGCGAAAAGAUCAACGUAAUAAAGACAGCCCUCCACCAUCUAAUAAAAAGAUGGCUAAGACUUUAGAAGGCAAGAUGGCAGGGUUACAAGAUGCUAAGCAGUUAAAGCAGGAAAAUGAAGCAUUUAGAAGACGAGAAGAUGAGGCAUACAGUAGAUUAACAGAUGAUGUAUCUGGAAGGAAUGCAAAGGCCGUGUCUAGAAAAGCCAAGCGAGAAACAUCAGAGGAGAGACAAAAAUUGAAAGAAAAAGCAGAAAGACAGAAGGAAUUAGAUGAAAAAUACAAGAAAUGGAGCAGAGGGUUAAAACAAAUUGAAGCUCAAGAGGAACGAGUACAGGAAUAUAUACAUGAAGCUUCAAAACCCUUAGCAAGAUACAAAAGUGAUCAUGAUCUAGAAAGUAACUUGAGGGGUGUUGAAAGGGAUGGAGACCCAAUGUUAAAUUACAUAAGAGAAAGAAAAAGGGAACGAGGAGAGCUUGCUCCAGCAAAACCCACAUAUAAGGGUAACUUUCCCCCAAACCGUUUUAACAUCCGCCCGGGAUAUCGAUGGGACGGUGUCGACCGAUCCAAUGGAUAUGAGAAGAAGUUCUUUGAACAACAGAGUAAGAGAAAGGCAUUGGAAGAAGAUGCCUAUAAAUGGAGUACAGAGGAUCUGUAA